UGGGUCACAGCACUUAUAACAAUUUGUUAUGCAGGAAAUCAAGGAAAGCGUCGAGCUUCCCUUGACACAUCCAGAGUACUACGAGGAGAUGGGCAUUCGACCCCCAAAGGGAGUCAUCCUGUAUGGACCUCCGGGCACGGGCAAGACACUGCUUGCCAAGGCAGUCGCCAACCAGACCUCAGCCACCUUCCUGCGUGUCGUUGGCUCCGAGCUAAUCCAGAAAUACUUGGGUGAUGGCCCCAAACUUGUUAGAGAGCUGUUCCGGGUAGCUGAAGAGCAUGCACCAUCCAUCGUGUUCAUCGAUGAGAUCGACGCUGUAGGAACAAAACGGUAUGACUCCAACUCUGGCGGCGAGAGGGAAAUCCAGCGUACCAUGCUGGAGCUGCUGAACCAGUUGGAUGGCUUCGACUCGCGUGGCGACGUCAAGGUGGUCAUGGCAACCAAUCGCAUCGAGACCCUCGACCCAGCACUGAUCCGGCCCGGCCGCAUCGACCGCAAGAUCGAGUUCCCACUUCCAGAUGAGCGGACGCGGCGACGCAUCUUCCAAAUCCACACGGCGCGCAUGACCCUGGCUGGUGACGUAAACUGCGACGACCUGGUUGCCGCUAAGGAUGACCUGUCGGGCGCAGACAUUAAGGCCAUCUGUACCGAAGCCGGACUCAUGGCGCUCCGCGAGAGACGCAUGAAGGUGACCAGCGAGGACUUUCGAAAGUCUAAAGAGAACGUCCUGUACCGAAAGAAGGAAGGAAGCCCAGAGGGUCUCUACCUAUGACCUUUUCAGCUUCUCCAGAGUCCUCUAUGGAGGCUAAUAAAAGUGUUUACCUUGCUUACCUGCA